CAGCUGCAAAAGCAUUUAACAGUAUUCCAUGAACAAUGACACUUGGGGUCUCUGAGGUCUGAACGACGCAGUUUGGGGGACCGCUCCGAACUUGUUCAACAGAAAAUUGGAGUGGAUGCUUAACUUUAGUUCUGCAUUCAUCCUGCUGGAUAAAAGUCAGUGAGGAUGCAUUGGAGGAGACCAUUGGAGCUUCGGAGAUAGCAUGUGUCUGAAUGCGAAGUCAACUGGGGACACCGCUCAGCCUUCAGGAAACGGGUGGCAUUACUUCUUAACUCAGAUUGCGAUUGCAAACUCGGAAUGUAUGUUGAUGAUCGCUCCUGGCGACUGAAGCGAGAAACGUGCAGUGCAGAAGUUGGACACUUUUGCCCCAGUGAAUAACCACUUAUUGAUCUCCUGAACUAAUUGAGAUAAAUAAAGCUGUCCCUGCAGCAGAAAUGGAUGUGUUUGGUGGUGCACCACGUUUUUUAGCCUAUCCAAGACCUGUAGUGGUCCAAAGUGGGACUGAUGCAGUCCUGAAGUGUCAGAUUAGUGGCGAUCCAAGGCCUGCUGUUAUUUGGGAGCGAAACAAUGAAAAGAUCGACCCAGAAGGACGAUACAGGGUCUUUGAGGAUGGAAAUGUUUACAACCUCAUCAUUUCAGCUGUUUCUAUUGAGGACAGUGGUCAGUACAUAUGCAAAGCUAAGAACAGCAUCGGGGAAACGUAUGCAGCAGCCACACUGAGGGUGGAAGGUGAGGCCCAAGAAAUGGAGUUCCGAGAGGAAAAUAAGCCACGAUUCCUCAUCAAGCCUCUUUCCACCCGGGUUGGCCGCGGAGAUGAUGCCGUCUUCUCCUGUAAGCUCUGGGGAAACCCACGACCAGAAGUUGUUUGGGAAAAGGAUGGAAGAAAACUCAACGAUAUAUUUGAGAGCACACAUUUCAGUGUGGGCUACCAGGACGGCGGAUGGUUCCAGCUCAAAAUCUUUAAGACUCGCACUCCAGAUGGCGGUGUAUAUACGUGCAAAGCUAGGAAUGAGUUUGGUGAAGCACUGGCAGGGGCUGUGUUGCUUGUUGAUGCAGGUCCAGGACACGAAGAAGAGGGAAGCCGUAAUGGCUACACAAACGGCCACUGGAAAACCCACCACGGAAAACAAAGGAGCAGUAGACAAGUGCCAAACCGACUGAAAGAUGACUCCAUGACAAAGUCCACAAAAGUAAAAAUGUUUGCUGUAACUGAGGGCAAACAUGCAAAAUUCCGCUGCUUUGUAACUGGUAAACCCAAACCGGAAAUAAUCUGGAGAAAGGAUGGCAGGCUUAUACUGUCUGGAAGGCGAUACUUGUUAUACGAGGACAGGGAAGGGUACUUCACACUUAAAGUUCUGUAUUGUAAGCAAAAGGAUAAUGGAGUUUAUGUCUGUGCUGCAUCAAAUACUGCAGGACAAACGCUCAGUGCUGUACACCUCUCUGUCAAGGAGCCGCCAGUGCGGUUCAAGCAACCUCUCAUUGAUCUAGAAGUAUGGGAACGAGACUUAGCUGUUCUCGAGUGUGAAGUUCCAGAAGACUCUGUUCCCAUCACAUGGUAUCUGGAAGAUCGACGACUGCAGCCAGGGGCCAAAUAUGGAAUGGAGGAGUGGGGAACAAAACGACGACUAACAAUCCGUGACAUUGGAGUUGAUGAUGAUGGGAUUUACCUCUGUGAGAUGCCUGAUGGAGGUAGAAGUAUAGCAGAGGUAGCUGUCAAAGGUACAAUUGUACGGAAGCUUCCGAGAAAAGUUGACGUCUUGGAAGGUGAAAAUGCUGCCUUUUGUGUUGAGGUAGAAAAAGAAGAGAUGGACAUCCAUUGGUACAAAGAUGGCACAGAACUGCGUGAAACCCAUCAAACAAUCCUUAAGUCUUUCGGUCGAACUCACAUUCUGGUUUUUGUCAAUACAAUGCCCCAAGACUCUGGCUUGGUGACUUUCCUUGUGGCCAAGUCCAUGACUUCCUCUCAGUUAAGAGUAAAAGCGGCCAGACAUUGUCCUCCAAGUUGUCCUGUGGGGGUGCAGAUCAACACAGAGCGUGCUAAUGCAGCGCUUCUCUCAUGGGUUCCUGCUUCUGACACACGAAAAAACCCUCCAUCCGGAUAUGUCCUUGAAAGACAAGAAGUAGGCACCGGAUCACAGGAGUGGGUCCAGUGCCUGACCACUGACUCUGCAACUUCUGUGGAGAUCCUUGGUGACAGUGUCCCAUGUGAAGCUGAUUAUCGCUUUCGCAUUUGCAGCGUAAACAAAUACGGGAAGAGCAACAAUGUUGAGUUCCCUAAAACUGUUCACCUAGUUCCUGUCGCCAGAAUACAAGCUCCUUUACAGGAUGCUUUGGUGCCCGAGGGACAAGAUGCACUAUUCACCAUCGAACUUUCUGCUUCAGUUAUUGGUACAUGGUUCUUAAAUGGGACUCAGCUACAGGACGAUGAGCGCUAUUCCAUGCGACGCUCAAGAACACACCAAUCCCUUCGCAUUCGAGGAGUACGAGAUACAGACAAUGGAGCUGAGAUUACAUUCAUUGCCUAUGGUAUCCGCGAUUCUGCUGCACUCUACAUUCAAGCUCCAUUGGUCAAGUUUUCACCACUGUCCGAGAUGGAUCGAAACAAGUUUGUGGAACUGGGGAACCCGAUUGUGCUCUACUGUGAGCUGUCAGACCCUGCCGCUUCAGUGCUCUGGUACAAGAAUGGGGUGCAAUUACAAACAAUGGAGUGUCUUCAUAUCCAAUCAGAAGGCACCAUGAGACGAAUUGUUAUCCAAUCAGCAGAGUUCUCACAUUCAGGUGUAUACUGCUGUGAUGCCAUUGAUGAUGUCAUCAGGUUCAAUGUGGAAGUAGAAGCUCCCCCUGUGAGGUUUACAGCAAUUCCAGAUGCUGAGAGGAACAAAAGCAUCCAAACAGGCUGCCCGAUUGUUUUACAAUGUGAGCUCUCAGAUCCUUCUGCCCAGGUGCACUGGUACAAAGAUGGGUCAAAGCUCCAUCCUCAGACUGGAGUAGAUGUUAUAAGUGAUGGCCUGGGGAGGAAGCUAAUUGUCCAUUCAGCAGAAGUUGCCCACUCUGGCUUGUACUGCUGCAAGACAAAGGGUGACAGCAUCACAUUCAAUGUGGACAUCAGAGCUCCACCAAUGAAGUUCUCAGCUAUUCCUGAAGACAUGAGGACCAAGUUGAUUGAAGCCGGGUGUCCUAUAGUACUCCAGUGUGUGGUGUCGGACCCUGAGGCCCAAGUUUGCUGGUACAAGGAUGAGAUGCAACUCAUUUCAAACUCUGGAUUAGAAAUCCACUCAGUGGGCAACACAAGGACAUUAGUUAUUCAGUCUGCAGAACCAUACCACUCUGGUUUGUACAGAUGCAACACACAGGAUGAUACCAUCGAAUUUCAAGUGGAGAUCAAAGCUCUACCAGUGACGUACACUACUAUGUGUGAUGCUGGGAGAGCCAAGUCACUCGAAGUUGGCGAACCUUUGAAGUUGGAAUGUGAGGUUGCAGACUCCACAGUACCAGUCUGCUGGUAUAAAGAUGGUAAAAAGAUCAGCUUGCAGAAAGGCUGGGAUAUACAGAGUAAUGGCACAUCAAGGACACUCAUUAUCCCAUCUGCUGAGUUCUUGCACUCAGGGCUAUACAGCUGUGAAACUUCAGAAGGCACUAUUCACUUCACAGUGGAUAUUAAAGCUCCAACGUUGCCAUUGUCGCCCUCAACGGAGGUUGUGGAGAUGCAGUCGCUCGAAGCAACCUGUCCCCCUGAACCAGCCAGUGAAACCUCAGACCCUGCUUUCCAGGUGUCAUGGCAAAGGGAUACAGAAAUCUAUUCUAAUAGAAAGGCUGAUAUUCAAAUGGAAGGCAUCAAGGAGACCCUUGUUAUUGAACCAACUCAUCCCUCAAACUCUGGAGCAUACUACUGUGCAACAGCAGAUGAUGUUGCCCAAUUAAUAGUAAAAAAUCAAGUGCCAUGUCCAACAUAUCUGCGUGAUCCUGAUGAGAAGACCCCGUCUACCGAAGCAAACUCUCCAAUUGUUCAGCAAUUUGAGAUUUCAGAUCCCAUUGCCAAAGCCUGUUGGUACAAAGACGGAACCCAGAUAUUUCCAGAAAGGAAAGCCGACAAUGUGUCACAGAUGAGCAGCCAAACUUCCAAGCCGCUUCAGACACAAUACCUGUCUGAUGAUAGCAAGUUGGGCUGCAGCACAUCUGAUGACGUACAGUUAAAUGAGGACAUGAAAGCAAGGCAGAGUCACUACGGUGACGAGAUUGGUGAGAUAGCUGACGCAUCAGCCCAAUACACUGCGGAUGUCAAAGAAUCCCCAGCUCCGCCCGUGAGAAUUACUCCACUUUGUGAGGCUGAGAGGAACAAGUCAGUUGAAGUUGGGGAACCCAUAGUGCUGCGGUGUGAGAUAUCAGAUCCUAACGCUCAAGUAACAUGGUUCAAAGAUGGAAUAAAACUACAGGAAGCAGCUGGCCAUGACAUGCUGGCAGAGGGCUCCAUAAGAACAGUGGCUUUCCAGUCGGCGACGCUGUCUCAUGCAGGGAUUUACAGCUGCAGGACAGCAGAUGAUGUGUUGCAGUUUCAUGUGGAUGUUAAAGCACCUCCUCUGACAUUUGCAGCUAUAUCUGACACUGAGCAGAAACUGACAGUGGUAGCUGGCUCUCCCAUAGCUCUACAGUGUGAGCUGUCAGACCCCGCCGGACAAGUCAGUUGGUACAAGGAUGGAACAAAGCUCGUUCCUCAAAGUGGAGUAGACAUCCAGUCACAGGGGACUUUGAGGAGUCUAGUAGUCCCAUCAGCCGAGCGAACCCACACUGGGCUGUACCGCUGUGAGUCAAAGGAUGACGACGUCCAGUUCUCUGUGGAAGUAAAAGCGCCACCUGUGAAGUUCUCAGAGCUGCAAGAGAAUGAAAGAAACAAGUCCGUCCAAGAAGGCAAUCCUAUUGUCCUCAGCUGUGAACUCUCUCAUGAUCCUUCUACUCACGUCGACUGGUUAAAGGAUGGGAUGAAACUCGUGCCUCAGAAAAACGUGGAAAUACAGUCAGAUGGUCUGACCAGGACAUUACUCAUCCCCUCAGCUGAAAAUGUGCAUGCUGGUACAUAUGAAUGUUCAACAUCAGGUGAUACCAUCACCUUUAUGGUGGAGAUAAAAGACCGAUCACCAAGGAUCAUGGCAACCCCACUGUCAGAAAAAUACAAGAUGAUUAGAAUUGGUUGUCCAAUUACUCUGCAGUGUGAGGUCUCCGACCCUGCUGCCCAGGUUUCCUGGUUCAAAGAUGAGGUGGAGCUUUUUUGCAAAACAGGGCUUGAUAUGAAAAGAGACGGCAACCUCAGAAAGUUAACGAUUCAUUCGGCUAAGCUGUCGGACUCCGGCCUCUACAGCUGUAGCCUCGAUGACGACGCUGUGAUGUUUCAGGUGGACAUCGAAGCUACUCCUGUGAGGUUUUCAACGCAACCGGACAUCGAAAGAAACAAAUUUGUUGAAGCAGGCCAUCCGAUUAAACUGCAGUGUGAAGUCUCCGAGCCCACUGCCCAGGUCUAUUGGCACAAAGAUGGAGAACAGCUACCUCCAACAAGUGAAUAUGAAAUUCAAAGAGAUGAAAAACUGAGAGGACUGGUUAUUCAGUCAGCAGAAGUCAGACACUCUGGGUUGUACAGCUGUGAUGCCGCAAAUGACCAUAUAGAUUUCAAGGUGGAUGUUGCAGCUGUUCCAGAGGCUGAGGGGAGCGAGUCUGUUGAAGCAGGCAGCCUGAUCAAACAGCAGUGUGAGACCUCAGACCCUGCAGUCCAAACCCGCUGGUGCGAGGAUGGAGUAAAACUCUUGCCAGAAUCGGGUGUAAAGAUCCAGUCAGAGAGCAAUAAUGGGACAGUGAUGAAGUCGGCCGCAUCUUCGUACUCUGGGGUGUGUGAUUGUAAAGCUGAUGAUGGUUCAGAUUUCAUCGAUUUCUGUGUGGAGGUGAAAGCGCCACCGGUAACAUUUGCUGAUGUCCCAGAGAAGGACCUUUUUCAAAGUGUUGUGGAACAAGAGAAGCUUGUUUUGUCAUGCGAAGUGUCCAGGGCUGAUGGUGUUGUCCAGUGGUACAAAGAUGGAACUGAAAUAAAACCAAGAAAAAAUGUCACAAUUGAAGCAGAGGACAUAAGGAGAAAUCUCACAAUACCCUCAGCUCAACUGUCGGACACAGGCACAUACACAUGCCAUGCAGGGGACAACAUCUUAAUCUUCAAGGUCAACAUAAGAGAACCUCCUGUGACCAUCAUCUACCCCAAGGAAGAUGUCCAUCUUGAGCGUCAUGUGCCUGAGGAAAUUAUUCUGAGCUGUGAGCUGUCUCGUCCCACUGGUGUUGUCAGCUGGUUUAAAGAUGGCCAGAAGCUCCAAGAAAGUGAGAACAUCAAGCUCAAGGUCGAAGGCCCUUAUCGAAGACUUAAGAUUCUUUCUAGUAGAGUCGAAGAUUCAGGAGAAUACGUCUGUGAUGCAGACGAUGAUUCAAAAUUCUUUCACCUCAUCAUUACAGAACCUCCAGUACAAAUUAUUUCGCCGAGUCAGUCACAGAUGGAACUGUGUCAGCAGACCUCGGAGAGGAUGGUGCUGAGCUGUGAGAUAUCACGGGUCAACGCAGUAGUACGCUGGUAUCGAGAUGGGCUUGAGGUAGAAGAGAAUGACAACCUUAUUCUGGAGGUGGAUGGUGUCUACAGAAGACUCAUUAUACCUGAAACUACUGUCAAAGAUUCAGCAGAAUAUGUGUGCGACACAGCAGAUGAUUCCGUGACAUUUAUUGUAAACAUAGCAGAGCCUCCUGUUCGCUUCAUACGUCCACGGAAGAUGGCCAGCAGAGUGGAACGAUUGGUUGGGGAGAAUCUGAUCCUGGACUGUGAAGUUUCGAGACCAAAUGCCAAAGUCACCUGGAAGAAGAACGGGGAGGAAGUGGAGGACUCCAGAAAUGUAACCAUCUUUGAGGAUGGCGUGAUGCGUCAAUUAACCAUUCACUCUCCCACAGUGGAGGAUGCUGGGCAAUAUGUUUGUGAUGCAAAAGAUGAUGUGAUGGAUUUCAAUGUGAAAGUGCAAGAACUGCCAGUGAAAAUUCUCGGCAAACCGGAAGCAAAGACAGAAAAACAGUUUUUAAUCUCCGAUGAUAUAAUUCUUGUGUGUGAGCUCUCAAGAGCCAAUGCUUCGGUCAGCUGGUACAAAGACGAUAAGCUGAUUGAUGACACUGAGCGAUACUGUCGUGAAGAACAGGGAGUUUUCCGAUCGCUGGUUGUCCUAAAUGCUGGAGUGGAAGAUUCGGGGGUCUAUACCUGCGAUGCAGUGGAUGAUAACAUGGUCUUUCAUAUCACUGUCAAAGAGCCUCCUGUACAGAUCAUUGGAAACUCCGGCAAUCCAGAGCAUCAUAUACUUGUAGAAGGAGAUGACCUCAUUUUGGAAUGUGAAGUCUCUAAACCAAAUGCGGUUGUUAACUGGUUGUGGAACGGUAAAAUACUCCAACCAAGCAGUCGCAUCAAAAUUAACUGCUAUGAAGUUGUGAGGAAGCUUGUUCUCUCUGGACUCCAGCCUUCAGAUUCUGGAGAAUACAUCUGCGAUGCCAUCGAUGACAAACUGGUAACAAUCGUGGAUGUGCAAGGUUUACCGGCUAAGUUUGUGAAUAAAAAGGCGAGAAAUAACAUCUCAGCUUAUGAAAAUGAGAGCGUCACUCUGUGUGCCACUGUGAGCCAUGAAACACCAAAUGUUCGAUGGCUGAAAGAUGGCCAGCUAUUAAAUAAAGACAACAUUCACAUCUCCUGCGAGGAUAAAACUCACAAGCUCACCAUUAAUCCACUGCAGCUGUCCGAUACUGGAGAAUAUGUCUGUGACGUAAGCACAGACAAAAUGUAUUUCAGUCUUUCAGUCAAAGAAAUGAAAGUGAAAUUUAUCCGGCGGUUGGAGAACACGGUUGCCCUGAAGGGUAAAAGCCUUACAUUACAAUGUGACGUCACCAAGCCCAAAGGAGAUGUUCAGUGGCUAAAAGAUGGCAAAGAGAUCUCUACGAGCCGUCGUUAUACAAUACGAGCACAAGGUAGAGAGCGAAGCUUCACCAUCCACCAGAUAGUGGAGGAGGACGCUGGAGAAUAUACCUGCGAAUCCACCGAUGACAAGACUUCAGCCACGGUCACUAUAGAAACCCCCCGUGUUGUUGAGUUCAUAGCAGAGCUUCGUAAUAUCACCGUCUGUGAAGGGGAGAACGCAGUGUUUAAGUGUGUGGUUUCGCCAGCGGACACCAAGUUGGUUUGGCGUCUAAAUGGCAAGCAAGCUGCCCAGAGUGACCGCACGCUCAUUUCCACUAAGGGACUCUGCCACAUGCUCUGCAUCAACAACUGCAUGGUUUCCGAUGGCGGCAAAGUAACAGCUGAUGCAGAGGGGUUGGUUUCAGAGGCAGAACUUCAGGUUCAAGAGGAACAGGUGCUGUUCACCAAGAAGAUGACACCAGUUGCAGCUGAAGAGUACAGCGAAGCAACUCUAGAGGUAGAGGUGAGUCUGGACUCUGGAGAGGUUCAGUGGAUGAGACAAGGGGUGCUGAUCCACCCAGGCGUCAAAUAUACCCUGAAACACAUGGGCCCAAAACGAAGCCUCACCAUCCACAAGCUGGCCACGUCUGACCGGGGCACCUACAGCUGUGAAACCCUCCACGACCGCACGCAGGCCCAGCUCACAGUGGAGCCUCGAAGGAUCACAAUCAAGAAGGGGCUGAAUGAUAUUAAAACCACUGAGAGAGAAACAUCCUCUUUUGAGGUAGAGCUCUCCCAUCCCAAUGUCCCCGGCACUUGGACCAGAAACGGAAUCCAGCUUAAACCCACAAAUCACUUCCGAAUGAGCUCCAAAGGACAAGUUCACAGCCUCACCAUCUCUAAUCUGUCAGUAGAAGACACUGCCACCUUUGUGUUUAGUGUAGAGAAUCAGAAGACAUCUGCCAGGCUGGUAGUGAAGGAACCUCCAGUGACAAUUUUCAGGAAACUGGAGGACCAGAAAUUCCCCGAUGGGUCGUUGAUAUCGGUAGAGUGUGAGCUGUCGAGACACAACGUUGAUGUGAAAUGGAAGAAGGAUGGGGUUGACAUCAAGCCAAACAAAGACUUCCGCAUUUAUGCGAUGGGAAGGAAACGGUUUCUUCAGAUAAUGAAAUGCCAUGUAACUGAUUCUGGCAUUUACACCUGUGAUGCUGGAGAUACUACUACAUCCUGCACGGUGGAGGUUUAUGAGCGUGAGCUGCUUGUGGUGAAGGGCCUCGAAGACCUGGACAUCCAAGAAGAUCAGAAUGCCGUGUUUGUUUGUGAACUCUCUGUGGAGGACAUUCCAGGGGAAUGGUACAAAAAUGGAGAACUGAUUCAUCCCACCAGCACCAUUAAGAUCCGCCAGGAAGGAACAAAACAUUUUCUUCUCAUCUGUAAUGUGCGGGCAGAAGACUCUGGAGAGAUCAAGUUUGUUGCAAGACACGUUGAAACUGUCUCAUGCCUGGAGGUCGAAGAAAUUCCUGUCAGCAUUGUAAAGCCUCUGCAGGAUAAGACUGCUCUUGAGAAGACCCGCGUGAUCCUGGACUGCACUGUGUCUAACCCCAGAUGCAGUAUCCGCUGGUACAAAAGCAGUAACGUCAUCCUGCCCUCCGAACGCUUUGAGAUCUGCAGUGAAGGCUGUUAUCGCAAACUCAUCAUCCAGCAGGUGGCGCUAGAUGAUGAGGGCACAUACAGUGUCCAGGUUGGCGAGUACACAUGCUCUGCCAAACUGACAGUGGAGGCCCAGUCCUUGUUGAUGGUUAAAGAGCUGAAAGAUGUGGAGGUUGUGGCCCCCAAUGAAGCCUGCUUCGAAUGCGAGGUCUCAGUUCCGGUCCUGAAAUCUCCGGUGUGGAGUCUGAACGGAGAGCCCUUGCAGCCAAGCUCUUGGAUACGGCUGGAGAAGAUGGGCACGAUCCACAGGCUGACCCUCAGGCAAACGUCCCCAGACAUGAGCGGGCUGGUGGAGUUUACGUCUGGGAAAGCAAAAAGCAAAGCUCAGCUUCGAGUUGUGAGUGAUUCCUGAAUGAAAUCGCUCAUCUGCCAUCACCCACUUGUCAUGGAUCAUUGUAGUGAUGCUUUGAAGCUGUAGCACCGGCACCGCUCAUAUUUACUUACUGUCCAUAAAAAGCGGCUUAAACAGGGUUGUGAUAGAUUUUCAUGCAGUGUAUGUAACUGUCUCAUCGCCUGCUGUGCUUUUGUAUGAAAUGUGUCAUAGCAUGUAAAACUAUUUCAGAAGGAUUCCUCUGUCACGAUACAAACUGCAGUUUCAGUGUAAAUAAUGCCCCAUGAUAACCCAAUCUGCCUGUAACUGGAUUAUAACUUAAGUUGAAUGUAUAUUUGUGCCAAUAAACAACUGAUAGAGAUACUGUGAAAACAUGUCCAUAAGUUUGAGUGCAACUUACUGAUGACUUGAUGUCUGUAAAGUGAAAUUUGGAUGGAUGAACCGUCUAAAAACAAAAACAAAUCUCUUAAAUUCACAAUGUUAUGAUGUAAAAAAGUUGGUACCUGGUCUUCAAAUCCAAUGAUGUUGUUAGUGAUGGUUGCAGUUUUUUGUAUGUGUGCAUGUGUGUGUGUGUGUGUGUGCGAGUGUGAGUGUGGUGUGUAUUAGUUGAAUAUAAACUCAGAUCUACAUGUACAAGAAAAUAACACUUUUUUUGCCAUACCAUUUUAUUUAUUUAACAAAAAUAAAGCCAAAAGCAAAAAUAAAAUUAUGUGGGCUUGUGGAGCCACAUUUUGAAAAAGUAGUCAUUUCCUGUCUGAUUUAUCAGUCCUCAUCACUGCAGACCCCCGACAGCGUUGCUGAAGAACAGCUCUGUUCAGGUUCCGCUCUGGUAUUUCUGAGCUGCUGUGGUACUGGAGUUGAGGUGUGGACUUUGACUAGGACCUUACAAAAUGUAACCCUUGCAAAGCAUUAAGGCUCAGGUCAAAAUGAGCACAUCCUGGAGCGAAGGCCAUCAGAGGGCUUGCCUAACCCUUGCAACAUUGCAAGGGUUAAGAGUCUUUAAUUUUCAGCCAUUGGCUUAGAAUCAGUGUGUCUUGUUUGCCAAGCUUUAGCUUUUGGACAAAUGGCCCCACACUUGCCCUUAAAGUAUUCUGUUAUAAAGGAGUUCAUGGUCAACACACUGAGUGCAAGAUACCUAGGUCUUGUGGUUGCUCAAUAGCCAAAAAUGAUCCCUUUCCUCCAAUAAUGAGCUAACGGAACUGUCCGUAUACAGUAGGAGGUGCACUGCAGGAAUGGGGCACGACUGGGUGGGUUUAACAUGAACAUGCAUAAUGAGGCCUGUUGAGUCUGAGGUGUAGCUCUUGGGUUUCGAUGUAUUUGGACACUGAAUGGUCUUAGCUCGGGGUACAUUUUCUCAGACAUCUGCUCCUGCAAAUGUUGGCAAUUACACUGAAUACUUUCCACUUGUGAACAUUUUUUCCAUAUCCCAUAUCCCAAUAUAUCUCUUUCCAGAUUUAAAAAGCAGCAGCAGCUGCUGCUUUUCAAGACAGUUGCUUAUGUCUUUCCCCUCUUAGUAUUGUGUUAACACACCCCUACAUGCACUAAACCAGCAAAGUGGUCAAAUGUCUGCUUUUAUAGAGGUCUGCACACAUGCUAAUGAUCAGUUCAUCAAGAGCUAAUAGACUAAUAGAACCUCACUGCACUUAAGUCCUACAGAAACACUAAGGGGGUACUUCCUAUUUCUCUCAUGAUUUUUUUCUUCUUUUGACUUCAUAUUCAUUAAUAAUCACACAAGCAGAACAUUUUUAUUAUACUUUCUCUCUCUUUAUCUUCUGCUGAUGACUGUUUAGAAAUGGGACAUUAACUUGUUCAGGCUGACUAUGCACUAAAUGUGCUUGUGUUAUAACACAAUAUGAGUUUUUUUCCCAAUUAAAAAAAACAACAAAAACUGGACUGUUUUCCCGAGGUUAGAAUCCCAGAUUCAAAACUGAUUUUAAACUGUAUUCUUGAUUUGUACUUGACUUGUGUAGAUUUGACAUGUAUUAGUGUGGUUUUGGGUGGCAAAUUGAAAAUAAAUGAUAUACUACUCAUGUAAGGGGGAGAUCAUCGUUUCACAAUGUACCCACUGUAUAAAAACAUUUUGUUUUAUGUUGGGUGAAACAUUUGAAUGAAGUUCUGUCUUGCAGAAAGGGGCUGGUAAUGUAAAUAUGGGCCAAAAAUGAGGACAUUCAGUACAACUAGAGGUAAAAAUUGAUAUUUUAUCAACUUGAUCAAUAACCAGCCAGCGCAUGCUACAAUGCUUGUUGAGUGCAGGUUUGCUGAGUAGGGAAAUAUGGCUGUUCCCAAAUGAAUAUUCUUGCAUAUUCCAUUUUUUUUCAUUAAUUUGUCUUCUUUCAAUUUCUCCAAUGUUGUGAAAUGAAGUAUUGGGGUGAAAUAUGAUAUGUUCCAAUAAAACAUGCUUUAUUUAUGCAGGGAAAUAAAGUGCAUUGU